AGGCUCUGCGGCACCUUUCCUCCCCUCUCCCGGAAGCGAGCGGGCGGACUACGCUUCCCAGCAUGCCCCGCGCGCGGCCGCCAUUGCCCGGGCCCGGCGGGGAUUUCCCGGUCACGGCGGGCGGCCGGGGGGGGUCGGGGCGCCAUGGCGGCCCGGGCCUGAGGCGCGGCCGGUAGCGUGGCGGCCCCCGACAUGGCGGCCGUGGAGCCGGCGGCGCCCGGCGAGCCCAAGCGGCCCGAGGGCGACGACUGGUGCGACAGCGGCCUGGGCUCGCUGGGCGAGGGGCAGCUGGGGCCGCUGCCCGCCGCCAGCCCCGGCCCCGCCAGCCCCGGCCCCGAGCGCCCGGACUCGGCGCUGGGCCACGUCACGGCCGCCGUGGGCGCCGUGCACCUCGCCGACCCCCCCGAGGAGCCGCCGUCGCCCGCCGCCGUCGACGCCGAGGCCGAGGCCUGGCUCCACCACGUCCUCGGCUUCCUCACCGAGGACGGCGACACUGCCCUGCACUUGGCCGUGAUCCACGAGCACGAGGCCUUCCUGGACUCCAUCCUGCAGUACGCCGGCGGCACCGAGUACCUCGACCUGCAGAACGACCUGGGGCAGACGGCCCUGCACAUCGCCGUGAUCCUGGGCCUGGCGGGCUUCGUGCGCAAGCUGCGGGCGGCCGGCGCGGGGCUCUGCGUGCAGGAGCGGGGCGGCCACACGCCGCUGCACCUGGCCUGCCGCGAGGGCCGCCGCGCCUGCGCCCAGGGCCUGCUGCCCGCCCGGCGGCCCCCCGAGGAGGAGGAGGAGGAGGAGGAGGACGGGGAGGAAGCACGCGCCCAGCUCGACAGCCUCAACUACGACGGUUACACGCCGCUGCACGUGGCCGUGCUGCGCAAGGACCCGGCCAUGGUGGAGCUGCUGCUGGCUGCCGGCGCCGACCUCAACAAGGCGGAGCCCAGCUGCGGCCGCAGCCCGCUGCACUUGGCGGUGGAGGCGCAGAGCGCGGAGGUGGUGCAGCUGCUGCUGGGCGCCGGGGCCGACCCGGCCGCCCGGGCCUACGGGGGCCACACGCCGCUCUCCAGCGCCCGGCACCGGCCCUGCGGCCGCAUCCCCCAGCUGCUGCGCGACGCCGGCGCCCCGGAGCCGCCCGCCGACUCCGACGACGGCUCCGACAGCGGCUCCAGCGACGAGGAGGAAUACGACGACAUCGUCAUCAACAGCGGCCUCUACACGGACUGACGGGGCCCCCCCCCCGUGCCCCCCCCUCCCUUCCGCCGCUUCCCACUAUUUAUCCGGGGGCUCCGGGAGCCGGCGGCUGGAUUUGGCCGGAGCCGCCGCUGUUUUCCGCCCCCCCUUGCUGCCGCUGUUGUUGUCCCCCCCCCCGCCACCGUUUUAGCGUAGAGGAUUUAUAUCGGUUGUUGUAAAAUAAACAGGGGGUUUGGCCAGGGCUUGGCCCCCCCCGCGGCCCCCCCGGCCCCAAAAUGUGA